GUGUUGUGCCGUUUAUGGUUGCCUUAGUGGCUGAAAGGCAAGUGAGAAUUUAAGAAAAGUGGCUUUAUUCAAAGCACCAAAAAGCUGUCAAUAGCAACAAGACUUCCCGCGUAAGUAUUUAAACGAGUACUCUGUGAAAAGUAGCGCGCUCUACCGGCAAAAUAUCUGUCCCCUAAAUUGAUGCCGUUCUUUCAACAUUACGUUCGGACUCCUGGUAUCUAUCCUUCGUGGUUUACAUGGUACGAGGAAGAUUCUUAACUCUGACCAAAGUGUACUAUCAAUAAAAUACAUAACCUAACAAAUAAGGGAUACGAAGACUGAUGAAAACAUUGUUCAAGAGUUUUAAGUUCGAUUAAUUUAAUAUAAAAAUAAUAACAGAAAAUUUGUGUAAUAAUAUAAAAAAAGUGAAAUAAAAUGGCAGACGAAAAAUCUACAACGCAAGAAUUUAGAUUAGACGCCGAUUGUGAGUUACGUUUUGAAGUGGAAAACAAAAAUGAGAAGGUUACGUUGGAGUUAAAAAAUGGAUUGGCUGAAGUAUUUGGAACGGAAUUGGUGAAAGGUAAAAAAUAUGAAUUUAGUGCUGGUGCUAAAGUUGCUGUCUUUACGUGGCAAGGGUGUACCGUUGAACUUGUUGGAAAAACAGAUGUUAGUUACGUAGCAAAAGAAACACCAAUGGGAUUGUAUCUAAAUUGCCAUGCAGCUAUGGAAAGAUUACGAGAGACAGCAGAAAAUGAAGAUAAAAGAGGACCGAUAACUAUGGUUGUAGGACCCUGUGACGUGGGAAAGUCAACUUUAUGUAAGAUUUUAUUAAACUAUGCAGUUAGAAUGGGAAGAAGACCAAUCUUCGUUGAUCUAGAUGUUGGACAAGGCGAUAUAGCAAUACCUGGUACAGUUGGUGCAUUAUUAGUAGAGAGACCAUCCAGUAUAGUAGAAGAUUUCAGUCAACAAGCACCGCUUGUUUUCCAUUUUGGACAUAAAACCCCAUCGGAUAACGUUGCUCUGUACAAUCUUCUUGUAACUCGAUUAGCUGAAGUUUGCACCGAUCGACUUCAGGCAAAUAAGAAAGCUCGAGUUUCAGGAAUAGUAAUAAAUACUUGUGGUUGGGUCAAAGGAGAUGGAUACAAAUUACUUACACAUGCUGCGCAAGCAUUCGAAGUUGACGCUAUUUUAGUAUUAGAUCAAGAAAGACUUUACAACGAACUUGUUAGAGAUAUACCGCCUUUUGUUAAAGUCGUCUUCCUACCAAAAAGUGGUGGUGUUGUCGAAAGAAGUCAAGCACAAAGAACAGAAACUAGAGAUCAAGGAGUACGUGCUUAUUUUUAUGGAUCAAAAACACCUUUGUAUCCACAUAGUUUCGAAGUUAAAUGGAGUGAAGCAAGAUUGUAUAAAGUAGGAGCACCCGUUUUACCUGCAUCUUGUAUGCCACUAGGAAUGAAAGCAGAAGAUAAUUUAACUAAAUUAGUUGCUGUUACACCGGGUCCUAAUUUACUACAUCAUUUACUGUCUGUAUCAUUUGCAGACUCUCCUGAAGAUGAUGUUGUACAAACUAAUGUUGCUGGAUUUGUUUGCGUUACUAAUGUGGAUGUAGACAGACAAACGUUUACAGUGCUCAGUCCUCAACCAAGGCCACUACCAAAUACUGUUCUAUUAUUUUCAGAAAUUCAAUUUAUGGAUAGCCAUUAAGUUCUAUUAUUUCUAUUAAAUAAUUGUACAAGUAGCCUUAAGUAAAUUGAUGAUAUGAUAAACUGAAGUAUUUAGUAGGAUUACUUUUAUCGAGCUUUUUUUAUUUUUGUAAUUUAUAAAUAACAUCAUGUAGCCCUUAUUACCGUUAUGAAAAACAAAUUAUUUUUAUAAAAUGUACUUGUGUGGGAGAAUAAUCUUAUUAUAGAAUGUAUAUAUAUAUAUAUAUAUAUAUAUAUGUGAAUGUAUGUUACGGUUAAUACAGUAAUACGGAUAUUGUAUAUAUUAGCCAGAAAAUUUAUAGAAUGCCUGAAAUCUGUACAUUGAUACACAUUUAUAUACGAAAAAAAGGAUGAAAAUAAAGAAAUUUAUAAAAAAAUUGA